AUGUGCGUGCCGCAAGAGAACACGCUGCCACACCGAGCCGCAAGAGGAGGAGGAGGAGAAAAGAAUGAAAGAAUAACAGGCGGGGAGGGGGCAAAGUCGUGUGGUGGGCCCCAUGCCCACACCGCUGCCACGAACCCUACCACCAGCAGCAGUAAUGGCAGCAGCACUACGCACACAGCAUGGCGCCGCGGCGGCAGCAGUGCGCGAAGAAGUGUGAAGGGAGACACAAAGGGGGGGGAGUCCCGCACGCACAGAGAAGGGGGGGCACGCACAAGCAGGCACACGCCAGCGACAACGCGUGCACACAGAUUUAUAGAGCCCUCACCACACACUCGUCGAGGGGCGACAGUGAACCGGACAGAGAGCCCUUCACUUCCCCAUCCGCCCCCCAUUAAGGCGUCCUACCCAGCCACCGCAGUGAUGCUGACCGCAGCCCGUUGUCUUCCUGCGUGCGCAUCUGUGUGGGCGUACGGGCACACACAUGGCGGAAGCAUUCAUUGGCGGUGCCAGCUAUCGCACUGUGCUACAGAUGGAACAUUUCUGUCGUCGCUGCGCCACUGCACAAACCCGGUGUUGACAGGAACCUUUCUCUCUCCUUCUCUCCCUCCCCCUGCACGCAUGCACCAAUGGGUUCAAACAUUCUCCCCCUAUGUGUGUCUAAUGGGUGUGGGUGUGUGUGCAAUGAGUCCGCUUGCUGUACCGCUACAUUUCCCUUGA